AUGUCCUCUCAAAUGCACAUUAGGAUCGCCAGCCCGUAUCCGUCAUCAAUACUUCCUCUUCCUCCAACCCUCGGUCUCGUCAUUGACCGCAAACACGCUGUCGAACGCCAGCCUCAUAUUCUUGCUUUUCCUCAACGCCACAACCAGACCCCGAGCGUCGCGGUGCUGGGCGCUGUCGGCCGGGUGUCUGUCGCGCAGCAUGAUGACGCACUGAAUGAUGACGCUCGCCAGGCCCGCGGCCAGCGCCAUGCCCACCGAGGAGCCGUCGUGGUAGCGCACUUGUGA